AAAUGCGCUGGGCGUCAAUUAGAAGUUGAAUCAAUAACGAGGCAAAACAAUGCUUUGUUUCUCGACUGCUGUUUAUUCCGAUCGCUUGUUCAUUUUUUUUUAUCCACCUUCAGAUCUUCAGUUACCUUUUUCACGAUUAGGACAAUCGAGAUUCAACAGGAGUCGAGCCUCUAAAGCUGAAGCUGAAGCUCCGCUUGAAUGCGUUAGUCGAGGCUUUGAUGCCUCCCUUUGUGAAAUAGGAUCUAUCCGACUUGGUAUUGUCAUCGAGUGAGUAUACUCGUCAAUUCUCUAUAAGAGAGUGGCCUGAGAGAGGAGAAGAGGAGACGAUAAUAACCAUCGAGAACAGUUUCUACACGACGUCUUGGCUGAGCCCAAGCUCUACAGCUUCCGCCGCUAGACUAGCCCAAGCUAUACCUAGGUAAACUGCGUUAGGUCCCUUAUUACUGUACCCCGCAGGUCCCUUCAACGUCCGUCUUGUCCGCUGCAAGCUCAGCCCGUCAGAUCCAAUGCAAAGCAUGGCCUGCAUCACAUGCACAUCGACAAAAAGAGCCCAGUAUUUGGAUUGGCAUGAAGGAAUUAAAGAGUCGAACUUAUAAUAGAUUCGGUGCCGAUACUAAGUGCCUCAUUAUGAUCCUCAAGAUCUAUAAUUAUCCAUAAAGACCCUUGUAAAUGGACGUAAACGCGCCUACGUCAUCCCCGUCAUUAUCGCCAGCAUCAUCUCACUUCAUACUGUAAGCUCCCCCCGCCGCUGACCGGGCUUGCAUGUUUCAUUUUCUCCUCCUACAUCAUCCCAUUCAUUCAGUCAUUGUGCACAUAAACCUACAACCUCAACCAAACACCAAUAUUGCUCACACCUAUCGGCCCUCAGGCCCAAAUCCAUCAUCAUGGAAUCUUUCUCUCUACUCAAGCGUCGUACCACCGACCUCCUCCACAAUGUCCAGCAAAACCUCCCAUCUAUGCCUAUGCCUUCCGUUCCAUCCGUUCCCUCGGCAACUCACCAGAAGAAGAGUUCUAUGAAAGGAACAUGGGAGCGCAUUGAUGCCCCUGACGUUCCCCGUUCUUCCCAUUCUCUCAAUAUCGUCCACGGAACCGCUUACCUCUUUGGCGGAGAGAUCGAGCCCCGAAAGCCCGUCGACAAUGAUAUGCAUGUCGUAACUUUGCCUUGGUCCUCGGCUGGGGCCGAUUACUUCAAGAUCAAGGCAUCCCCCGCCAAACCAGAUGCCCAGCCGAAGAAGCCUGAGGUUCAGCAACCCGUUCAGCCAAAGGCCCCGGAGCCAGUCAAAUCCGACGAGAAGCCAGACGAAGAGGAGAUCGAGAAAAAGCUCGACGAAGUUUCUCUUGCGGAGGACGACGAAGAAGAAGAAGAAGAUGAUGAUGAGGAAGAAGACGAAUCUUCAGAUGAAGAGGUCGAGAGCAAGUCCAAAGGUAAGCAGCCUGCCGGUCCAGAAAAACCGGAAUUGGGUGAUGUCCCAGCUUCACGAGUUGGCCAUGCUACUGCCGUCAUCGGAUCCCGUAUCUUUCUCUUCGGUGGUCGCGGAGGUCCCGACAUGCGGCCCCUGAACGAAGGUGGCCGUGUUUGGGUCUUUGACACCCGCUCCAACACAUGGACAUACCUUGACCCUGCCCCUGUCGUUCCAGGUGGUGCAAUUGUGCCCCAACCCGCUCCGCGAAGCUAUCACACAGCCACAUCGAUCGACCGCCCCCGGGACUUUGCUCCUAAGCGGCCCAAGGAACCUGAGACCUGGGGACAGUGGGCACUCGGAGACACGUCUAAGACGGGCAUUCCUCAAGCUCCUGUUGUUGGUAAUGUUGCUGAAGAUGCUGUGGAUGAAGAGUCUGAUGGCUACGGUACCUUCUUCAUUCAUGCUGGAUGCCUCGCCAGUGGCGAGCGCGCCAAUGAUAUUUGGGCCUUCAACGUCCAUGACCGUACUUGGACUGAGCUUCCAGCUGCUCCAGGCCCUGCUCGAGGCGGCAGUGCCAUCUGUGUGAGCAAAACCCGCCUGUUUCGCUUCGGGGGUUUUGAUGGACAAAGCGAACUCGGAGGGCAACUCGACUUUCUCCACCUCGAGGUUGAAACGUUUGACGAUAGAGGCACCAAGGGUGAAGUUGCUGUUCGCGCACGUGGUGGUUGGCAAACUAUUCUUGAGAGUGAUCCGAAUGCCGACUCAACUGAAAUCCACGCCGAGCCAGCUCAGAUCUGGCCGGAACCCCGAAGUGUCGCAUCUUUGGAGGCAAUCACUUCAGGGGCUGGAUAUGAGUAUCUUGUCCUGACCAUGGGUGAGCGUGACCCAAGCUCAGAAGGCCACGAAGGUGCAGGCAAGUUCUUGAAUGAUGUCUGGGCCUUCCAAGUUCCACCUCUGGGUAUGACGGCCGCCAGCGUUACCGCUGCCAUGUGGCAAGCUGUUGGCCGCAAGACAGGUGAGGGCAAGUGGACAAAGCUUGAUCUUGAGCCAUACGACGAUGAUAACAGUGAUGAGAUGCCCGCGGCGAGAGGCUGGCUUGCAAGCGCCCCGAUGGGUGAACUUGAGGAGAGCGGCAUUUUGAUCUGGGGAGGUCUAGGUGAGGACAAUGAGCGUCUUGGGGACGGUUGGAUCUUGCGUGUGGGCGAUUCCUAGGUGAAAAUGAUGAGGGACUGAACAGGUAGUUGGUUUGGGUGUAGUGUUUCUUUUUGGCGUAACAUGUUUUUGGCGAUUGUAUCAAAUGAACGAACGGAACGAAGAAACAAAGUCCUAUGCGGACACAAUACUUCACACAGCAUAUCAUAUUGCCAUUGACGAGAAUCCACACAUUCUAUACCUGGGAAAGCAUUUGACAUGAUGUUAUGUACAGUUGAAGCCUCCUCCCGCCGGACACUUUUUGCAUUUCUUGCUAUUGAACUAAAAAAAGAGAGAUAAUGAUGUUAUAAUUCUACAGGUCCGCCCUUGUGGUCUCGGUUCCCCAGGGCUCCGCGUUAAGGCUUGUUUGACCAGCACUGUUCUCACAUGUGUCUCGGCUGCUGAGAGGACCAGGCUUGGGGACGUUGACAGUAGAGGGGUCGGAAGCAGUAGCCUGGGCCCGAAGGGACUUGAGGAGAUCCUUUACGGAGGCGGGGGUGAGAUCCUCAUAGUAGUCGUCGUUGAUCUGAAUCAUGGGAGCGUUGACGCAGGCACCGAGGCACUCGACCUCGAGAAUGGUGAAGAGACCGUCAGCAGUGGUCUGGCCCUGCUCAAUUCCGAGCUCCUCCUUAAUAGCCUUGACGAUAACAUCAGAUCCACAGCCUCCAAGUUGGCAAGGUGUCUAUUGGUGCCGUUGUUAGUGGGUUGUGCUUUUAGAGUAUUCGGUAAUCUUCAAUGACGUCUAAUCGUCAUUGCCAGACUAGCGUGAAGCAAUUGCAGUCGACAAAGGCGUGCUUCAUGUGGGAAAACAACAUACCGUAGUGCAGAUUUGAACAAAAUAUUUGCCCACGGGAGUUCUGUUGUACAUGGUGUAGAAAGAGGCAACCUCGUACACUCGCAUAGGAGGCAUCUCAAGAAGACGGGCGACCUCGUUCAUGACGCUGAUGCUGGUGAAGCCGUGCUGGCGCUGGCCGAGGUCUAGCAAAGGCAUGACAGCAGCCUUCUUGUACUGGGGAGGGUAUCGCUUGAGGAUCUCGGCAAUGACGGUCUGGUUCUUCUCGUUGAACUUGAAAGGGAUGUCGGGGUUGUUGUCCUCGGUGUUUCGAUGCUGUCAUACGGCCAUAGGUCAGACAAGUUGGUUCUCAUCGCUAGCAAUUGCGCGCCAAUAGAUCUACCAUGAUCUAUGGUCCAGGGUCGCAAUUGACAGCGCCAAUUGGCCUACUUACCACCAUGAGAGUGUCGCUUCGUCGGCUGGCUGUGAGAGAGAAGGCGGCGCGAGACUGAGGGCGGGCAGCCCGGCACACCGGCCGGAUGGCGGAGCGGAUGAGGGGAGUGAGCUUGCUCGCCAUUGUGAAUAGUUUGGUGGUGCUUUUCCUGAGCGAGCGGAGCGGGUGUCGUCGCGAAGGCGGGAGGGCUUCUAAGGUCGUCGGUUCCGGAUCUUGUCAAAAUGUCGCCGUCGUAGCGAGCAUUGCAAUUCGAGUUGGAGCUGCUUGCAAAAUCAACGUCGAUGAUUGGUGUGUUUGACCCAAGGUUUAGCCGUCCCGGUGUGGACCGGAUGGAGAGGUACGUAUCGUCCUUCAUGUAAGUGGAGGUGGACCUGUAGCUCAUCUCCUUACUUUGCCUAUCUCAAGCUGCCUCAUCUUGAAUUCAGAAAAGCUCAAUCAUCGAUGUUUUUAUGGUUAGCUUACGACGAUGAACAUUCUCCUGAAAUCGUCAUUGUUGAUUUAGCCACAUAAGAACUCAAAUCAGCCACCGACGUGAGCAAACAAUAAGCUAAUCUUUUACUGGUGACUCAAUCGAAUACACCCGUAGAGAAUCGCUUUCUCGCAAAGACCAAAGGCCAUUGGGGUUGAUGGGCUUGGGUUAACAGAAGUUCUGCAGCUCCCCUCGCUGACCGAACCUAUCCUGCCAACACAUACCCUCUGUUCUUCAACACUUACAAAUAACACGCUAUGAAAACAAGUUUCGCGAAUUUGGUGGUACCACAUGCUCCUCUGUCCUUGUGCGCAAUCUCCAUACAUCCCUCUUGUUAUACCUAACCACUGAGCAUGUUGUGAAUCACGAUUCAAUCUCAAUAGCCUAUGACCCAGCUUGCUGUAAGGUGAGUGCUGUUGAACGACGAUCAGCAUUCGUUUUGGAGCCUUAAAGUCGAAACUAAAUCCAAUUGGAUUCGUUCUCUUUCAUGGCACAAGCAGGAUCCAACACGCCGAUCGCUAUGAUGCUCGUCAAACAACCGAAACUCAAGCCAUCCACUGCCAGAUUUGUCUUCAUACAUGAUCUUUCAGGUGGGACAACCGAAGAGUUGCAGCAUACUCGAUUAUAUGCGCAAGUGUUGCUUUACACUCGCUUCUUCACGUGCAGAGGUUAAACGAAAGGGUACAUGGUCAGGGCAAUAUAAGCCUAAAAGGGUUUUGUUGUUGAACCUUCUUUAACCACAAGAAAACCCCGAGUCAAGGUAACUUUGCCACCCCGCAUUGGUACAGAGCCUCCCAUUUGAUAUUUGGGGAAGCACAAUUGUGUAGCUCGGCUAGAGACUUACUUCUGGCGAUGAGACAUCAACGGUGGAUUGGGUGCUGAGGUAUCACCACCUUUAUGCUGUGGUUCUGGAGGCUCAUAACCCGGGACUACCGAUGACAACUGGUCCUGUAGUUGAUAACUCACCGGGCUGGGCGCAUAAAACCAGUCAAUAAUUUGCUGGCCAUUGAGAUGAUAUCGAUUGUUGUCGUCGUAAGUUUCAGAUGGCGG